AUGUUUUCUUACACAUACAGUUUCUGUAAGAGUUUUGUGAUUGUUUCCGUGCUUUGGUUGUUCUUUCCCAAUACUAUUAUAACAGAAGCUGCCCCAUCCUACCGCGCCCAUAUAUGUACUAAUGAAACAACAUACACUUCCAAUACCACUUUUCAAUCUAAUCUCAAUCUCGUCCUCUCUUAUCUUUCUUCCAAUGAUACCACCAUUAAUGGAUUUUAUAAAGCAACAGCUGGUCCUGAUGUCCCUGACGUGGCUUAUGGCCUCUUUCUGUGUCGUGGCGACGUUGCAGGUACUGAUGUGUGUCAAGACUGUGUGGCUCAUGCGGUGAAAGAAACAGUCGAGCAAUAUUGCCCCAACCAGAAAAAGGCAAUUAUUUGGUACGAUGAGUGCAUGUUACGUUAUGCCAACCAGUCUUUUUUCUCCACCAUGGAGGAAUCACCGAAUGUGAAUGUGUGGAAUCCAAAUAAUGUGACAGAACAAGAUCGGUUUGAGCAAUUGCUGGGAGAAACGGUGGAUGAUUUAGCGAAUCUGGUUUCAAAUGAUGAGUCUGGAAAUGUUACGAGGUUUGCAACUCAAGAAGCUGACUUCACAGCUUUUCAGAAGCUACAUAGCCUGGCGCAGUGCACACCAGAUCUAUCCCGGAGUGAUUGUAAUAGAUGCCUUAGAGUGGCUAUAUCUAUUCUACCAACUUGCUGUGUUGGGAAGCAAGGGGGGAGGGUUUUACUUCCCAGUUGUAAUAUUAGGUUUGAGAUUAGCCCAUUUUACACUUCCGUAGCCACCGUGCCACCGCCUACACCAAUACUACUUUCUCCUCCUCCACCUGCUCGAACCCCUUUAGCAAGUCCUCAAGGGAAAGGGAUAAUUUCGUCGCAAACAAUUGUUGUCAUUGUUGUUUCAGUGGGUGUGUCCGCGGUACUUCUCUCAGUAGGUUGCUGCUUCCUAGUUAGGAGAGCAAAGAAACGGUGUUAUGCCAUGGAAGAAGAAAACGUUGGGAGUGAUAUGACGACGGUAGAAUCAUUGCAAUUUGAUUUGGGUACGAUUGAAGCAGCCACGAACAACUUCUCCAUUGAAAACAAGAUAGGUCGAGGCAGAUUUGGUCAGGUCUACAAGGGUACUCUCCCCAGUGGACAAGAAAUAGCUGUGAAGAGGCUGUCAAAGAGAGAGAGUUCUGGCCAAGGCACAACAGAAUUUAGGAAUGAGGUGGUCGUUGUAGCAAAGCUUCAACAUAGAAAUCUAGUGAGACUAAUGGGAUUUUGCCUUGCUGAAGAGGAAAAGAUACUCAUAUAUGAAUAUGUUCGCAACAAAAGCCUAGACCUCUUUCUGUUCGAUGUUGAAAAACAAGGACAAUUGGACUGGUCGAGACGCUACAAUAUUAUAGGAGGUAUAGCCAGAGGGAUGCUUUAUCUUCAUGAAGAUUCCACGCUAAGAAUUAUUCAUCGUGAUCUCAAAGUCAGCAAUAUUUUGUUAGAUGGGGAUAUGAACCCUAAAAUUUCAGAUUUUGGCCUCGCAAAGAUUUUUGGUGUGGAUCAAUCUCAAGGAAAUACAAGAAGAAUUGUUGGGACAGUUGGUUACAUUUCUCCAGAAUAUGCAAUGCAUGGAAAGUUUUCUGUGAAGUCCGAUGUGUUUAGUUUUGGCGUUUUAAUUCUAGAAAUUAUCAGUGGAAAGAAGAGUAGUAACUUCUAUAAAUCACGCACUGCCGAGAGCCUUUUGAGUUAUGCUUGGAAACAAUGGAGGAAUGGGACACCAUUGGAAUUGAUGGAUUCAACAUUGAAGAGCUCUUAUUCAAGAAACGAAGUUGUCCGAUGCAUCCAUAUAGGCUUGUUGUGUGUUCAAGAAGAUAUGGAAGUGAGGCCGUCUAUGGCAUCUGUAAGUCUCAUGCUCAGCAGCCUCUCUGUUAGUCUACCAUUGCCUCGAAAACCUGCAUUUUUUGCUCACAGCAGAACAGAGUACUUGAGCUUGCAACCUACAAGCAAGUCAAGGGAGUGGUCUGUGAAUGAAGCAUCCAUUACUGAACUUUACCCCAGAUAAAGUCAGAAGUCUAGGCAAUUUAAAAAUGUGUGUAUGCUGUGGAAGUGUGAAAUGAGUGAACUUAAUUUCCAAGAAUAUGAAUGAUACAUCAGUCAUUGUUGAUAGGUUAAACUAAAAAGAGCAUGCUGUCACGGGCCUAGAGAUUUGGCGCAGCGGCACGGCCCGUGCGGCACCAAGGCGUUGCUUCAGCUCGCGCAAGCGCCCUGGUCAGCCACCACGACCUGCCCUCCCAAGGAUACAUGCUGACUGGUUUCGGUCUGCCAUGGCCUCGUCAGGGGAACGGCUCCAGCUCCCGACCAGUUUGUGCAGGGAUGGCCAACUCCCUUCUUCAUAGUCAAGUCCACGACCAGCGACAAGCACCUCGAACUGAACCGAGUCGACCUGCCUGAACUCUGAAGAGGUACCAUCCUGUGCUCCUGCACGCCCCUUCCCUGGAACCAUUCCCAGUCAAACUCUGCUCUUUGCCAACCAGCAUGCGUGUCUUCCAUCCUCCAAGCGUCUUAGGAAUCACUUCGUGACAUUCUCCCCCACCCAAAUCCUGCGACGUCCUCGUCGCAGUGCGGCGCUUCACUACUGCGUCCACUCCCUUCCAAAGUCUGCCUCCAUGCGGUAUGCUCGCCUCCCCACCAUCGCUUCCUUGUGCAGCUCCCUGCACUGCACUCGCCCAAUGAUAGGCCUCGGACCAAGGGGACGUCCACUCCUCAAGGACGUGACUCUUCUCCGUCAUGCCGCCUCCGCGACAUCCCGAGCAAGCAAUGGCCUUCUGCCGACUUGAUGCUCGCCCUUCACCAUGGUUUGCAUCACCCAAGGACUAAGCACGAACUUUGGUGCGCGCGGCCCUCCGGCCCUUCAAUGCGCAACUUCAACGGACGCCUCUUCCUGGGGAGAUGGAGGCCCUUCCCCCCAACUGCAUUGAUUCCUCCACAUCGACGCAACUUCAAUGCACCGUCUUCAUUCUCUGACCCCUCCCGGACCGACAAGGGGGCACCCCACCGUGCUUUACCCCAAGUCCUGCUCUGAUACCAUUUGUCACGGGCCUAGAGAUUUGGCGCAGCGGCACGGCCCGUGCGGCACCAAGGCAUUGCUUCAGCUCGCGCAAGCGCCCCGGUCAGGCACCACGACCUGCCCUCCCAAGGAUACAUGCUGACUGGUUUCGGCCUGCCAUGGCCUCGUCAGGGGAACGGCUCCAGCUCCCGACCAGUUUGUGCAGGGAUGGCCAACUCCCUUCUUCAUAGUCAAGUCCACGACCAGCGACAAGCACCUCGAACUGAACCGAGUCGACCUGCCUGAACUCUGAAGAGGUACCAUCCUGUGCUCCUGCACGCCCCUUCCCUGGAACCAUUCCCAGUCAAACUCUGCUCUUUGCCAACCAGCAUGCGUGUCUUCCAUCCUCCAAGCGUCUUAGGAAUCACUUCGUGACAAUGCGCUCAAAAGAUAAUCAGCAAGUUUGCAACUAGGUUACAUAAAUGAUCUAAUACAAGCCCAAAUUUGGUUUAAUUUAAAUGGAACAUAUUAUCAUGGUUCGUUAAUCAAUACCGCGUUUGGUAAUAGGUAUAGCGAGUUUGAGGACUUUUUUUACCACAGAACACCCUUUCCCGGGUCUAAAUUUUGACAGUUUUGUUUUUGUAACACUUUUUGCACCAAGUGCAAGCUCGUUCAUGAAAAUAGUAAUUGUUGAAUUACCCUACUCCAUUUAGCUUAUUAGAUUGAACAGCCCCUUCAAAGUAAAUUUGAAAUAACGGAGUAUUAAUUUAUUUUCCAAUUUUCAGCUCAUAUUUAAUAUCAUCACAA